AUGUCUCCAACGAAACUCAAGAUCAAAGGCAAUAAGGCAUUCUCACUGUUAUCCAUCGAGACUGAUGAGGAUUUAUCAAAGACAUGGCGUUUAAUGACAAAAGUGAAGGAUGCAUUGGAGUAUGGAAUGCGCUUAGAAAAUUUAUCAUGGAGGCUUUGGUUCAUGCAUCACCUCAUGGUUCAUGAUCAAAAGUCUCACUCUCAAUUCAAAAAGUUGUCCACUGCCACAACAAAAAAAUUAGAAAUCGAAAAGGCUACGAACCUAAAAAGUUUAUCGGUUCCACUUUAUCGACCAAAGACUCAAGAAGUAAUGAUGGAAAAGAAAGGGAAGAAGAAGGCUACAAAAAAGCCGGCGUCUACUGGCGCAUCACAAGUAAAAAAGUCGAAUAAUGUAAAGAAUGUUAAAAUCCCCAAAAAUAUCGCCGAAUCAUCUCUAGAAAAUGAAAAUGAAAUCGCCGCCUCUUCAUCUCCCACAAAUACUCCCGACCAUAGUGCCGAUUAUGGGCAACCUGAUUAUGGAAAUAAUGGUGAAAUAAUUGCUACGGUCACCUCCACCUCAACCAAUGAUCAAAGCAGCGCUGAAUUAAUGGAUUUGGAUACUCUUGAUGAAAAUAUGACCUUAAAUAUCGUUGAUAAUGGGACAAAUACGCUUGCUUCUUCUGUUAACGAGAAUACCCCUAGGUCGCUCGUAGAUAUUUUCAGAUUCAGCGAAGUUAGCCAAGACUUCUAUUUGCGUCAAUAUACAAAUGAUCAAGAUCCAUAUCAAGUCGUUUCAUUACCGGGGGUUUUUACUCCUUCGUUCGAUGCUCAAGCCAUAUUGGAUCCUAACAAUCAACAACCUACAAUGAUGUUGGACUUGAAUGAAGUCUUGAGUGUUCACCAAUUUUAUUCUUCUCCCGACUCAUCGGAACCGCCCUCUCCCACAGAUCUUGAUUGGUACGCCGACAAUGUUGCACAAAAUUCUGAUAUGCAGUCAAACCUGCAGUUUCAAACGUUGAAUAGUCAGUUGGUUGGUAGGACAUCUUCGUCCGGAUUGCAUGAUGCGGUCUAUGUUAGAAAUACCGAUCCUACGCCCGUUAAUGCUUCACACCUUAACAUCACGAUAACGUCAAUGAAUACUCCACACAAUACCCCGCUGAACACCCCUCUUAAUACUCCUGUCACCGGCUUAUCUAACAGUAGUCUGAUGAAUAGUGUUUACCUGAACCAAUUUCCCUCAGAGCAAAAUAAUACGAGUAAUGCAUCAGGGUCUCUUGGGCAUCAACAGCAGCAAUCACAACAAUGUACUUCGAAAUCUAUAACGUCAACUUCUCCCUCUUGUUCGUCCACAUCGUCGAUAGAUACGUCAACCACUGCCGCUCGUCCUUCCGCUAAUGCCCCAUCAUCAACGUCCGAAAGUAGUAGACCUAAAAAGUCCCAUUCGAAUGGAGAACAACAAUGUUUCAAUUGCGGUGUGACUUCUACUCCCCUCUGGAGACGAUCGGCCAAUGACGAACUCUUAUGUAAUGCUUGUGGUUUAUAUUUGAAAUUACACAAGAUGGCUCGUCCGAAAACCAUGAAACCGCACAUUGUUCGCAAAGAUGCUCGUGAUGAUGAAGCUUCACAACCUGUCUGCUCAAAUUGUAGAACGAUGACUACACCGUUGUGGAGGCGCGAUGAAGAGGGCCAAACCCUUUGCAAUGCCUGCGGAUUAUACUUUAAAUUACAUCAUGAAAGACGUCCAUUGUCCAUGAAGACUGACGUUAUAAAGAAACGACAACGAUAUGAGAAUGGGCAAGCGCCUAGUCGCCGUGGAGGAAAAAAACGAUUACAUGAGAAUACUGUUUCUCAAAUGGGUCCAAUUUCAGUUGGACAAUCAUCAUCUUCCGGUUUGAACACACAUCAAUCACCUAGCACCACCCCAAUAAAUGGAGUAUUUCCAUGA